UUACUUUUUUUUUUUGUUGAUGGAUGGACAAGAAAGUAAGAACAGACUGUAGAUUUUAAGAAGGAACAAUGGCAGUUGGUAUGUUGCCCACGUGACGCAACACAACGCUCAUCAUCCCCUCAAAGGGGAUCUCUCUGGGAGAGACGUGGCUUAACUCUGCAGAUUAUCUCCUUCCAUACACCUUCUUUCGCUUCAAACUCAAUAAACCUCUUGCUCUCUCUCUCUCUCUCUCGCAAGGACACAAACCGACCGAGAUAUGAGUAGUUUGGAGGCUUGGAGAUAACCCAGAUGUUCAUUACCUGUUCGAGAUAUGAGUAGUUUGGAGACUUGGAGAUAACCCAGAUGCUCAUUACCUGUGAUUCUUUAUUUGAAUUCGCGAUUUGGAUUAAAGGACAGCUUUGUUGCUAACAGUUUAGCUGGAUUGAUAGAGUGGAGGCUUAUUGUUAAGCUGAAGUUUGGGCAUUGGAUUGAUUGUGGAAAAUCUUGUCUGGGUUUCUGGGUUUUCGGUUUUUGCCUGAAAUAUUAAAUACCCAUCUGGUGAAAGCCCUAAUUUGGCAUUCGGAGGGUUUGAUAGGUGUAUGAGGUGUAUUUGGUGGAAUUUGUGAGGAGGAGGAAGAGGUGGAGAGGAGAGCGGGAGGGAGAUGUCGAUCUCUGGGUUCAGAUUGGGUCCAUGGUUUCAUAAGAAGAUCGUUGACCCUCUUGUUCAAAUACUCAGCAGGGGUGCUGAGCCAAAGCAAUUGGCAUUUUCUGCUGCCCUUGGCAUUACUUUGGGAGUAUUUCCCAUAUGUGGGGUCACUGUGUUUUUGUGUGGAAUGGCUAUUGCUGUGCUUGGAUCUCGUUGCCAUUCUCCAACUGCGAUGCUUGCUAACUUCAUUGCAACUCCUAUAGAGUUGAGCCUGGUGGUUCCCUUCUUGCGGUUCGGUGAAGUUCUCUCAGGCGGAGCCCAUUUUCCAUUGACUUCAGAUGUCUUAAAGAAGGUGUUGACUGGCCAAGCUUCACGUGAAGUUCUUCUAAGUAUUGUCCAUGCGUUGUUGGGGUGGCUUGUGGCAGCACCCUUUAUUCUAGCUUUGCUUUACAUAUUAUUCUUGCCAUGCUUCAAGCUCCUAGUUCACAAGUUCAGCAGUGUUCCUUUAAGCCCGAAGAGGCCACUCCUUUCCAACGCAGAUGUCAAGCUAAAGGUAAGGGAUGUUUGAUUACUAAUGGCCACAUAUUUUCUGUAAUGUUCAUCCCAAUAAUAGGGAAUGUAUGUGAUAUGUUUCUGAAAGAAUUCUGGGUUUUGUACAUAAAAAAAUUCCUGACCUUUAGUGCAAAUUUCAUGUUUUACAUGCUUGUAAAA